AUGAUGGUGAAAAACCGAAUAGGAUUUAUUGAAUCUCAAUCACAUGAGAGAAAUUCAUCAGAAAUACCAUCAACUUCUUCGUCAAAAUUAUGUUUUGAAUAUUGCCAAAAGAAAUGGAAAAAGAUUCUAUUUAUUACCAUUAUACCAAUACUAGUAGUCGUUGGAAUUUAUUUUGUGACGAAAAUUGUGGCAAAUAAAUAUUCAGAAAUAUUGAUAACUAAAAUAAGAAAAACAAUCUCGACAACAACUUCAACAACAAGUUUAACAACGAGUUCAACAACUACUGCGACAACAACUUCAAUAACAACUUCAACAACAACAAUUAGAAAAUGGACUGAUGCUGGGCGAUUGAAUAUACCUCGGGAAUAUCAUUCAUCAACAGUAUUAUCCGAUGGAAAAGUAUUAGUUACUGGUGGAAAGUUUAAGAGAUCCAUUGUUUCUGAUUGUGAAUUAUAUGAUCCAUUAACAAAUCAAUCGACACUCGUCGCAAAUAUGUCUGUUGCAAGAAUGUAUCAUACUGCAUCUUUAUUGUCAAAUGGAUUAGUAUUAGUUACUGGAGGAGAAAAUUAUGGCACGACUCAUAAUAGCGCUGAAUUGUAUAAUGUAUCAGCAGAUAAAUGGAUGUUGACAAGAAAUAUGACAUAUUCACGAGCUGAGCACAUAGCAAUUGUCUUAAAUAAUGGAACCGUAUUAGUGAGUGGUGGAACCGAUAUGCAUUCUGGAAUGUUAAGAACUGCUGAAUUGUUUGACAUCUCGACAGGUAUAUGGACAGUAACAGAAGAAAUGACGUGUAAGCGUUCCUCUCAUGCAGCAUCUUUAUUAAAGGACGGAAAUGUGCUGAUCACUGGUGGAUCAGAUUUUUGUUUUUCAAAUAGUGAUUAUGAUCAUAGUGAAUUAUAUGAUCCAAUGACAAAAACAUGGUCACUGCUAAACCGAAUGAAUGUUGUACGUGAAGGUCACACAUCAACUGUAUUAAGUGAUGGAAAAGUUUUAGUCACAGGUGGCUUUAAUGCUGUGGUUCAAAUAUCAGAAUCUGUUGAAUUAUAUGAUCCAUCCACGAAAAUGUGGACAGUCACAAAACAUAUGAAUUAUCGACGUGUGCGUCAUACUGCAUCUUUAUUAUCAAAUGGAAUAGUCUUGGUCACUGGUGGAACUGAUGGUCAUACGAGGCUAGAUAUUACUGAAUCGUAUGAUCCAUCAACAGAUACUUGGUCUUUAAUCAAUUCGAUGAAGAUAGGUCGUCAAUAUCAUACAGCAUCCACAUUAAUGGAUGGGCGAGUGUUAGUUAUUGGUGGAAACGAAGGUUUUGAUACAGAACUCUACUAA